AUGCAAGUCGCAUCCCAGCCACAAGCAAUACACCUGACGGACGACCAACACAACCACCGGCACAAUGCUUCGUCAAAUGUGAGCGUUUAUAGAAAACCCCGCAACGCCCGCUCCAAGCGCGCGCUCGAGAAGCGCGAGCCCAAGGAACAAGAAAACCCAAAGACAGCCCUCUUCCUCCGCGGCAGCUCCUGCUCGCAGGUCGCCCAAGAUGCCCUCAACGAGCUCUACCAGCUGCGCCAGCCGCUCGCCAAGCGCUUCGUGAAGAAGAACGACAUCCACCCCUUCGACAACGCCGACUCGAUCGAGUUCUUCUCCGAGAAGAACGACACCUCCAUCGUCGUCUUCGGCCACACCUCCAAGAAGCGCCCCCACGCCCUCACCUUCGUCCGCACCUUCGGCCACAAGGUCUUCGACAUGCUCGAGCUCUACCUCGACCCGGACUCCUUCCGCACCCUCGCCCAGUUCAAGGGCAAGAAGGUGCCCAUCGGCCUCAAGCCCAUGCUCAACUUCUCCGGCACCGCCUGGGACAGCCCCAUCGCCAACGAGUACACCCACGCCCGCUCCUUCUUCAUCGACUUCUUCCGCGGCGAGCAGACGGACAAGAUCGACGUCGAGGGCCUGCAGUGGAUCGUCUCCAUCACCGCCGACGAGCCCACCGGCACAGACGACUCCAAGCCCGUCAUCCGCCUCCGCGCCUACACCAUCAGCACGAAGCGCAGCGGCCAGAAGGCGCCCCGCGUCGAGGUCAACGAGAUCGGGCCCCGCAUGGACUUCCGCGUCGGCCGCCAGCGCGAGCCGGACGAGGCCAUGCUCAAGGAGGCCAUGAAGAAGCCGCGCGGCACCGAGGAGCGCACCAAGAAGAACAUCAGCACCGACGCCAUGGGCGACAAGAUGGGCCGCGUCCACGUCGGCCGCCAGGACCUGAGCGACCUCCAGACGCGCAAGAUGAAGGGUCUCAAGCGCAGCAGGGACGUCGCGAGCGACAACGGGGAGGACGACGGCGCGGCGGCGGCGGACGAGGAGCCCAAGAAGAGCCGCAAGGCGUAA